GGAGGAGGAGGAGCGGAGUUUGGAUGCUCGGUCGAGCUGAUCUGCCGCUUUCAAUCGAACUCAACACAAGUUCUUCGACCGAGUUUCACUGAGGAAGUCGUGGAAUAGCUGGACCAGGAAUGGAGCUUACGAUAGGUCGCUUUUGCUGUGUACUGCUGAGCCUCUUUGCAGGUUUGGCGUCUGGUGUGGAGAUAACAUCCUCGGGGCCAACAUCGAUAGAGAAAGCCAGCGGUCAGAGUGUGAAGCUGGACUGCCAGUUCAAUCUGGACCCUGUUGAUUCUGGACCGCUGGAUAUUGAAUGGAGCUUGAUCUCCAAUGACAACCAGAAGGAAGACAAAGUGGUGAUCCUGUACGCCGGUGACCGGUCCUACGACGACUACUUUGCCCAGAUGAAGGGUCGAGUCCACUUCAACUCUGCCGACCCUAAGAACGGCGAUGCCUCAAUCAACCUGACAGGGUUAAAGUCGGUGGACUCGGGAACCUACCAGUGUAAGGUGAAGAAGGCUCCGGGUAUCCGCAGCCGGAGGAUGCUGCUGAUCGUCAUGGUGAAGCCAUCCAAGCCCAGGUGCUACGCCGAAGGCCCCACACAGGAAGGUAAAGACAUAGUGCUGAGGUGCAAAUCCAACGAGGGCACCAACCCCCUGCAAUACAGCUGGGAAAAGACCAGCGGCGGCAAGCUGCUGCCCAGCUCCGCCGUGUUGGAUUCAGUGGGAGGCACCGUUAACGUGAGGAACGCAUCUGCCGGCGCAUCUGGCUCCUACCGCUGCAUUGCCAGCAACCGUGUUGGCUCUGAGGAAUGCACACUGUACCUCAACGUGACACCUCCCCCCAACACUGCAGGCAUCAUCGCAGGGGCCAUUAUUGCUGUCCUCCUGUUCCUCAUCAUCAUCGCCAUCAUCCUCUUCUGCUGCUGCCGUGCCCGUCACAGGAAGAAGUACGAGAAGGAGAUCUGCAAUGAGAUAAGAGAGGACGUGCCGCCUCCUAAGAGUCGUGCUUCAACGGCGCGCAGCUUCACCGUGGGCAGCCAGCGCUCCUCCCUGGGCUCCAUGUCACCCUCCAACCUGCACGAGUACGCCCUGAAGCCCCAGUACGACAAGAUCCCAUCAGAUGAGUACGAGAGGCCUCCCAGCUCGGUCCCUCUGCCCCCACCCACUGCUACCAGGAUGGCAGGCCCCAACCUCAGCCGCAUGGGGGGCAUCCCCGUCAUGAUCCCUGCCCAGAACAGGGACGGCUCUAUCGUCUAGCAUUUCCACUUCUCCAGGGGGGGCCAUGCGAGGGGAUGGGGACGGAGGAGGGAGUGGGACAUAGCCAAUGAAGACGGAGCAAGAGCUGGGGUGGACUGACUCGCCUGACUUAAGCUCAACAUUGAUUACAAACGGGAGUUUAUCUUCUUAUGAAGACCUGGCUCUGCUGUGGUGCUGAAGAGAGAAAAUUGAGAUUUACUGGAAUCACAACAGAGCACAUUAACUUUUUAUCAAAUAGAAAUAUGUAAAAAAAUGAAAGGAAUUUUACUUCCUGGACUUUCUCACUGAAACAUGAAUUAGUGUGGAUUUUAAGCAAAACGGUCAAUAUACAAAUUAUAUUGUACAUAAGUGAAUGCAUGUUUUUUUAAUUAAAUAUAGAUGGCCCUUGCUGUAGAGAUACUUAGUGUUGAAAUCAGAUUGAGGCCCCUAAUUGUACAGCUGUAUGCAUGCACGUAUGUAUAUAACUGCAGCUGUGUGUGAAUAUAAGUGUAUGUUUCUGAAUGGGAGUUUGGGAAAUGUAUUGUUCAUUUAUCGUCUUUUUAAUAACUCCAUAACAGUAAUAUCAUUUUGUCAGGCAAUCUUUUAGUUUUUGACAUUUUUAAUUCCAUUGGUAAACAGGAUUGUUGACCUUUUAGAGAAAUUGAAGGAUGAACUUUUUGAAGGAAAAAUAAGUGUAUUUAGGACAGCCAUUUUCUGUUAAACAGUAUGCUGUUUUGAAUUGUCCAGUGUGGUGGGGAGGGGCACACAGGAUUAGCUGAUGGGGGUGAGGGGUAGGUACCACCGCAUCUUGUGAUUGGGUGGAUUAUUGCCCCUUGACGAAGCUUAAGAAACAAUAAGAGAGCGCCAUCCCUCCUCCUGAGAUCUUAGAGGAGGUAGUGUAGAGGAGGGGAAUAAGAGGGGCAGCUGGACAGGCUUCACCGAACAAUCUGCUUUGAUUGUGUUUGACUGUCAAUAGGCCCUAACCCCUGCCACCACCGCAACAUGUAUCCCUCCACACACACACACGCACACGCACAAGCAUCAAGUCUUAAUUCAUUAUCUGCAUGAUCAGCCCCCCCUCCCCCAGAUGUCCAGCAUAUGCAAUUCUCAUUUGCAGUUGCAUUACAAGGAACCGAUAUCGGGAUUAACCUUCUCUCUGUGGUCAAUGUGGAACCUUUCACGGCUUCUGUAGCAUUAAUUGGACUUUAUAAUGAAGGAAGUGAAGCCUGCCGACAUGAAGAAAGUGCCCGCAAAGAGGAACAAAUGAGAAAAGCCUUAAGAAUGCUGGAUAUUACUGAAUUCACUUUACAACCACUUUGGUUUGAGUUCAUUGUGCAGUUCAGCGCUGGAUAAUCGUAAUGUUCGUUCAGUCCGUCAGUCAGCGCAAGUUGCCAUAGCUCGCAGUUAUUCUUAUCUCAAACCAUGCCCAUUCUUCCAUCGUUUGCUUACAUAUUUUGGAAGCCUAACUUCUCAACUUAAAAAACCCAGUAUGGGUACUUGGAUGGGGCAAUCUGUGUUUGAAUGCCUUGUUUUAUUCUUUAUUGCAGCCUUACACACCUCCCUCAGUUCCGCUCUGCACAGCCCUAACAGCUGGGUUCAGAUAACUCCUAUUGUGCCUUGUUGCCCCAGUUGAGUUGAGCCAUAGCACGUCGCCUAUAUGCGCUGUGUUAUGUGCAGAAGCUUCCUCCGAGUGACCGUCAUAGCCCACAGUCACUAAAACAAUAUAAUAUUCAGCACACAAUGAGCCUAUUGAUUGUUUCUGUUUGGGUCAAGUUUAGGGUUUUCCACAAUCCACCUACUGUUCACAAAUCCCACAUAGCGUAAAGCUUUGAUUUUAUAUUCCUAACAGAACUUCAUGUUAUGUUUAGUUUUAUAACUUUAAGUAAAUUUUACGUGCUUUUAAACGACAAACAUUAUAUAUAUAAAUAUCCUGUUGGAGUUACCCUAUCUAAUCAUAACACAGUUGAAUGAUAUAAAAAUGAUGUUUGUAUGUACGUAUAUGUGAUACUCUGCCGUGCUGUGCUUGGCAAAUCUAUCUAUCUGAAACGAGAGAAGGGUCAGUGUGGGUCUUGACAGUACAGUAUGAAUGCUCCUUAGUAUGAGUGUGAGUGAGUGACCUCUACGUUUUUUAGUGUAUAUUCUGGGAUCUAAGGGGAGCUGACAGUUGUAGAAACAUCUUGGCACUGGUACUUCCCGGUAGAUUUGUUGUCACACCUAUUUUCUAAGACCAAGGAAAGUGAGACCCGGGCCUGCCCAGACAAAGACACUACGUCUGUCAGUUUCUCUUCUACACUAAUGUGUGUGAUAGCAAGUGAAUUGUACAUGAAGGAGUUUGUUGUCAGGACGGGCCCCUCUAAAAUGUAGUUAGGCUUUCACCUGCUGACAAACUGUACCGAGUUGUUAGGGCGAUGGUCCUGUUGCUGUCCCCUAUGUGCUCACAUUAACUACUAACAAUAUAAACUGUAGCUUUGAAA